AUGGCUUCCAGAUCAGAGGAGGAUCUCUGCUGUCCGGUCUGUCAGGAGGUCUUCAGAGAUCCUGUUAUUCUGUCAUGUAGCCACAGCUUCUGCAAAGUCUGUCUGAAGAACUGGUGGAGAGAGAAUCCAUUACAUGAGUGUCCAGUUUGUAAGAGAAGAUCUUCAAGAGAUGAUCCACCUUUAAACUUGGCCUUGAGGAACCUGUGUGAGUCCUUCUUACAGGAGAAAGAUCAGAGAUCUCCAGAGGCUCUCUGCAGUCUGCACUCUGAGAAACUCAGACUCUUCUGUCUGGACCAUCAGCAGCCAGUGUGUGUCGUCUGCAGAUAUUCAGAACAACACUCCAACCACAGAUUCAGACCCAUUAAUGAAGCUGCACCACAGCAUAAGAAGAACCUUCAGGAAACUCUGGAGCCCGUAAAGGAGAAGUUAAAGGUUUAUGAAGAAGUUAAAGUGAAGUUUGAUGCAACAGAAAAAUACAUCAAAGUCCAGGCCCGACACACAGAGAGGCAGAUUAAGGAGCAGUUCAAGAAGCUUCACCAGUUUCUAGCAGAGGAAGAGGAGGCCAGGAUGGCUGCACUGAGGGAGGAAGAAGAGCAGAAGAGUCAGAUGAUGAAGGAGAAGAUGGAGGCUCUGAGCAGAGAGAUAGCAGCUCUUUCAGACACAGUCAGAGCCACAGAGGAGGAGCUGAGAGCUGAAGACGUCUCAUUCCUCAACAACUACAAGGCUGCAGUGGAAAGAGUCCAGCGCUGCCUCCUGCUGGAUGAUCCACAGCUGCCCUCAGGAGCUCUGAUAGACCAGGCCAAACAUCUGGGCAACCUGGCCUUCAACAUCUGGAACAACAUGAAGGACCUGGUCUCCUACACUCCUGUCAUUCUGGAUCCAAACACUGCUCAUCCAAGACUGAUCCUGUCUGAAGAUCUGACCAGUGUGAGAGGAGGAGAUGAACAACAACUUCCUGAUAAUCCAGAAAGGUUUGAUUCUUAUCGGUCUGUCCUGGGCUCUGAGGGCUUUAACUCAGGGACUCAAAGCUGGGAUGUUGAAGUUGGAGAUAACACAGGAUGGAUACUGGGUGUGUUAUCAGAGUCUGUCCAGAGGAAGGGACGAAUAGAGUCUGGAUGGUGGGGAAUAAGGUUCUAUAAAGGCCUCAAGGUCCUACUUCCUGUUUAAAGAGGCAGCUAGUCCUGACCUUCAU